AUGAAACUGUGGGUGGAGCGUGUCAGGCCCGUGCUGGCCAGGAACUGGAACUUCCAGAUUCUGAAGGAGAACCUCUGGAUGUUUAGAUGGUAUCAUAUCUGCUUUACUUACAACCACACCCAGAAGCUAUUAGGCACAUAUAUUAACGGCCAUUUGAAUAACUACCAAGAAUACGAUAUCGGACGACCUAUUUUCGGAAAUCACGCCUCCUUGGCCCAAGGGCAGACACCUGAGAGGAGCUUCAGCGGUGACCUCACACAGGUAAACGUGUGGGACAGAGCCCUCACGGAGGACGAAAUCCGCAACAUCGCCCUUUGCAAGGACGAUCCUCAGGGAAAUUACAUUUCCUGGGAAGUUGGCUGGACACCCUUCAAAGUCACCAGCUACGAAACUUCUCUGACGAAGCUCUGCGACGGCGAAGAAGUCAAGAACCAUCUUUGGUUCCCAGAGAUUUCAUUCAAGACGGCCCAAUAUCUCUGCCUGGCCCUUGGGACGGAACUCCCGCGACCCACGACGCUACAAGCCAUAGCUGACCUUAAUGCCUUGGCUAACAAGACCUUUCCUGGCGAUGACCGGUGUACGUGGGACUACUGGACAUCGUUGACUGACGAGGCGGAAGAAGGAGUGUGGAAGUUCUACGACGGCCAGAUUCCCGAUAAACUUCUGUGGGAGCAACAAGAGCCCAACGGCCUCCACUACGAAAACUGCGCCGUGAUCUUCCCAGUUGGAAUGUCUGAUAUCGACUGCAAGACGAAUAAGAAGUGUGUCGUGUGCACCUUCACGGGUCAGCAGAGGUUUUCUCUACUAGGCACUUGCGAAAGUGAACUACGAAACGUUUUCCUCAUCGCUUACCAAGAAGCCAUAGGAGAGUUGUAUUUCAUGGGAUACGGCGCAUAUUUCAUCAAGAAGCAGGAAGGCCGGUGGAUCUGGGUGGACGACGUCAAAAACCAGACGAUAGCCCGCAUGGAAGAGACGACUCCGGAUUAUCCAAUGGGCCGAAGGUGGUGGGUCCUGGAAAAGGCGGUGUGUGGACAAAGCCCUGGGAGUCGGAGGCGUUUGCUUCUGACCCCUUGCCAACACAGUGAGUUCACUUGUGACGACGGCUCCUGCAUACCUCACCACGAGCGAUGCGACCUCAAGUACGACUGCCGCGACAACAGCGACGAAGCCCAUUGUCACCUGGUGUCAAAACCGGACGACUACCAGGAGCACCUGCCGCCGAGAUCGACUCGCAACACGAGCGAGAGUCUUCUCGUCAUCUUGUCGGUCAGCAUUGAAACACUCUCCGUCGACACGCGGGAAAUGACGAUGGAGGUGUCCUACGAGCUGAUGCUGACCUGGGAAGACAGCAGGCUUCAGUACCUGAACCUGAAGGUCAGCAACACUCUGAACAUCUUGGAGGACGAAGUGAUGAGCAGCUUGUGGACGCCAGAAGUGAGCUUCAUCAACACCAACGACAAUCACCAUACUCGGGUCGACUCCGACACGACCAUGAUGAUCGACAGGCGAGCGGAAACCAGAACCAGGGACGAAACUGCACCAGAGGAAGUUGACGUGUACCCAGGCACGGUUAACACGCUGAGCAUCAGGCGUAAAUACGGCACCGUGUAUAAGUGCGAUUUCAACCUCGAGCUCUACCCCUUCGACGUCCAACAGUGCUCGAUGCACCUGAGAAUCACCUCGGCCUCCAAGUCCUUCCUCAUCUUCGAUCCCGCCAACUCGAGCGUCAAGUACUCUGGGGAAGCCAUUCUGAGGGAAUAUAGGGUGGGGGCUUUGGAGCUCAUCCACGACGCAACUGGGGCAUUCGGCGAAGUGAGAGUUCGAGUCCCACUGAUCCGCCUCUACGGCUACGCUAUCCUCAACAUCUACGUCCCAACCGUGGUUCUGCUCGUCGUCAGCUAUCUCACGCUGUUCUUCAGGGCGAGCAUCUUCGACGUCAGGAUGAUGGGAUCACUCACUGUCCAGCUGGUUAUUGCUACGCUGUUUUCCCAGGUAUCGGAGUCCCUCCCGAAGACCUCCUACUUCAAAAUGGUGGACGUAUGGCUCCUCUUCUGCAUAGGGAUAACAUUUCUGGUCAUCAUCUUCCACGCCGUCAUCGACUCCAUUCUGUACCAAAGUGCGAGCUUGCCCACGACAGGGAACACCUGGCUGGCGAACGGAAAGUCUGUGCCGGAAGACAUUCCUUACACAGAUAUCGGGAAACGCCUGGUUCUUCUGGCCAAAGUCGUGACGAUGAUCGUCUUCGUCAUUUUCAAUAUGGCUUACUGGAUUUAUAUUGUUUAUUAAACACGCAUCAGUUGGUUAUCAGAAUCUCCUGGAUAUCUCACCUGUGAUUCUUUCUCAAUUUGCGAGGAUCCGUAGGAGUUAGCGCUGUUAGUGCACACCAUGAACCCCAGCUGUAGGCAUCACUUAAGCUUCUUUGUAGCGUCCCUUAGAUGCAACACAUUUUAUGCGUUUUACCAUACCUCCGUUCAUAGUAUCUUUCUUCCAUCUUACUUCCCCACUCUUAAUAAUUAUUUUAAGGGUUGAAUGGCCUCAGGUCCCAGCGCAUGGCCUUUGGCCUAAAUGUUAUAUUCCCAUUCUCAAGUUUCAAAGAUUUCGAUCUAUUUCACAUUGAUUCGUUGUCCGUGUUGUGCAUGUCUUCUGAUUUUAUCAUAUCACUCUUCAGCAUCUUCCCAGUUUUGACCAAAGAGUAUUGAAACACUUUUAAUAAUAGAUUGCUAUGCUUAGGGAUUUGGUAACUGAUAACAAGACUCAAUCCUCAAAUUCCAAAGAAAUUCUGAUCUUCGAAAGAAUGAAUAAAAUGUGCACCGAGUAACACUUUUCUUAUCAGAUAUGCAUCUUUCCUCGACAUUCUAUAGAAAUUCCUGCCUAAAUGGAGACAAGACGAUGGAUAAAACGUGGUGAAUAAAUACAGAGGUAUCCCCUGUAAGUUGUGGCUU